GAAUAGACGCCGCAGGAACGUCCAUGUUCUUUCAACGUCAACAUCGUCGCCAUAUUGUGACGGCAUGUUUUAGAAAAAAAAAAACAUGCAGCAAUGUAUGAGACCGUUCCAAAGGUUUAGGUAAAGCGGCCAUCAACUGCUCCAAGAUGGACCUCCUCACGGUGUUGCCGUCCAGCUUCGGAUAUGUCAUAUUUACUUACCUGUACAGCUGGAUCAUGCUGGGCUAUCUGGCCGUAAAGGUCGGCACUGCCAGGAAGAAAUACGACGUGAAGUAUCCCGCAAUGUACAGCGACAAGGAGCCCGUAUUCAACUGCAUCCAGAGAGCCCACCAGAACACAUUGGAGGUGUACCCCCAGUGGCUCGUUUUCCAAACAAUUGCAGCCCUUGUGUAUCCGUUGUCUGCAUCCGUUCUGGGGGCUAUCUGGGUGACCAGCAGGUUUUCCUAUGCGUGGGGCUACUACACAGGAGAUCCAGCCAAGAGGAUGAAUGGCGCCUAUGGCUACAUUGGACUCUUUGGAGUCAUCCUCCUGUCCAUAUCUAUCGCUUUGCAACUGCUUGGAGUCUUUUAAGAUGCAUUUCAACCUAUGUUUGCCUAUCUAGUUAAGAGUUUAAUGGCUCAUUGCUGGCAAUAAAGUCUCCAUACUUCCAACAUGUUUUUCUAGACUGCUAUCUUGAAAUUACUUUUCAUUUAUAUGUUUUGUUUUUAAAAAAAAAACAACCUAAUGUCAUCAAGGUUUUUCAGUAAAAUUAAUGACGACUGAACUUUACUGCCUCAUAGAGUGUGAGUAGCGAAGGGGCCAAGCAGAGGGGGAUUGACGGCUCCAUGUGACUUACACAUGAUGCCUCAGUCAUAAGUCAGUGAGUGAGAGCAUAAUACGAGUAAAAUUGGCAAGAAAAUGUUUUAUUGACUGCCUCAAGUUUGUCUCAUACAACACAAAUGUGAUGUUUGUUAUUUUCAAUAAAAUACUUGUAUUUCAGCUGUUGUUUCAGUGGACCUGUCAUGCACCUUAUAAUAAAAUCACAAUAAAAAAA